UGUGCCUUGCGUCUUCAGCUUGCGAGCUGCACACAAAUGCUGCUAUGUAAAAAGGGUUCUUAGGAUUGCCAGGUCAGCUCUGCGGGGCGAGCUGUAAUUCUCUUUCCUGCCCCCGCUCCUCCCCAUAUUAGGCAGUUGCUGGCAGCUUAGCAGAAGGUGGCGUUUGAACCUAGGCUUCAGGAAGAAAAUCCCAGUGGAAUUCCUGCAGGAGCAACAUGCAGACAGAGACUUGGCAGGGCUGUGAAGCCAGAAGAAGGCUGGUUAGAGGAACCAGUGGUCAGGAAAUUGGGCUGUACAAUAGUUAAAGCCAGUGGGCAAUUGCAAAUGAUGCACCCGGGAGCCCCAGUUCCUCCGCCCCAUUGCUCCCUCGGUAAGGUGUCCUGAGGUGGAGUUAGACUCCCAAGGACACAUCAUCUCCCCGAAUUACUCCUCCUCCUGUUACCGGCACUUCCCUGCCUCAGGGACUGAGCGUGCCUGUGCCCGUCCUGUCGGGGAUGGUGGAUGGGCACACGGGUGCCCUCCAUCUGUCACGGUGGAGGCUGUUUCUGAGCCUCUGCGCUGGCUAGAGGGCCUCUUCCCCCAAGCCCUCUCCUCCCAGUCCCAAAGCUUUCCACAGUCCCAGUCUGCACAUGGCUUUGGAAUCAGAAACCACAUCCAGCCCAAGGCAUAUCCUGGGAAAUUCCAUGGCUUGUUUGCUGCAAUUGCAAAAGCCACUCAUUUGUUUCUCGUUACUGUUCCUGUCAGAGAUCUGUCAGUGUCCCUGCCCUUAUGUUGUAUGGCUGCUAAGAUGUUGAGAGCCACGGGCAACAGAUGUUGUCAAGUGCUUUUCAUGACCACUCCGUUGCUUAUGGGAAUAACCCCAGUUUACGUGCGCGCCGGCACUCUUGGGGCGCUCGCAGCCUGGUGACUCACUCCCGAACUCAGGUGGUUCCUCUGUGAAACGAUUCAGGUUUGACUAGCACUUUCCACCAAUCUGUGUCAGGCAGAACUUAGUGGGCAGGUCUGUGAUUUCUCAACAGACGUCGCUUUGGUACCGUCCAGCGUUCCAUUUAGGAGGAAAGUUUUAGCAAUAAGUCAUGCACUUUAGUUAGCUGAUCAAAUUGCUCACUUGACCUCCUCAGCCUGCAGUCCUGCACACACUUGAGAGCAGGGCCCGUUAUGCUCAGCCGGGUUUAUUUCUGGCCAAACCUCUUCAAGAUUACCUAACGUGAUACCGCAUAUCCUGUACUCAGAAACGAGAAUAACCCUUUCAAUGUGCAUAGCACGUUCAAGCAUCCAAAGCUCUUGGCACGCCAUCGCUAGUUGUGAUGCUCACAAUCCUGCCAAAUGUAUUGGUGUGAUUUUUAUCAUACUACCUUUUUAUUUGCCUGACAUUUUAAUAUUUAAAGUUUACUGCUUUUAUUGUCAUGCUUAGUCACCUUCCACCUUAUUUUAUUGCAUUAUGUUGGUUGUACCUUCUCUGUUCAUUUAUUGUUUGUUCGAUUAUGUUGUAAGCCGUCCUGAGACGCUGUUAAGGACGGGGUAGAAAUGCUGUGAAUGAAUGAAUGAAUGAAUGAAUGAAUGAAUGGAUUAUCCUCCAUGUUGUAGGUUGAAGGUACUGAGGUGGUGAGGAGGGAAGGAUUCUGCCUGAGGCCUAGUGAGCUCAUGUCAGAGGUGGAAUUUGAACCCAGGACUUCCUGAGUCGUCGUCUCAGGCUCAGCCAGUGCCCUUUAGGCACCCCCGCAGACCAAGGGCCUCCUUUUGCAGCUGCCCGGCCUCACUGGCAGACUGUUGUGGGGCAUGGGGGGUGUUGCCCCCAAUCUGUGAGCCCUGCAUGUUUUCUGUCCACUUCCUCCAUCUUUUUCCUUUCCAUAAAAAUGCUGUUAAGGUAGAAAAAAAGCACAGGAGUUAAUGACCGACUCUGGGGGCACUUCAACUUUCUCUUUCCCUUUGUACAGGGAGCAUAAAAACACUCUUGUUUAAAAGAUGUGGAAUGUUUAUCCUUGCAGCAUAUCUUGUAACACUGUAAGAAACGGAAGACAAAAAACCCCAAGCCUUGGCCUUUGUGUUCCCUUUUCUUCAUUUGAUACAGGAAGAAGCACAGUGUAACGAUUGCCAGGCCUGCUGGACCUCCAGAAAAGUAGUUUCUUUUGAUCCCGGUCAGAUUGUGGCACAGGGUCACUUUGGACCCUUCAGCUUUUUAUCGUUCUGUAGCAUCUAUGCCUAAGUAGUUUUUCCUUAUUGCUGCAACGGUGCUCAGAGAUGAAAAUCUUCCGAGGACUGUUGCAGCACAAACCCCAUCAUCUUCUGGCUGGGGGUGAAGCUUCAGUACCUGGAGGACUGCAUCUCCUGCUUCUUUUUCCAGAUCAUUUCAGAGCAGUCUGUGCACCACAAGGGUUGCCUUGGUGAUCCUGGAAAAAUUAGACCACAUCUGCCUUGUGAUUCCAGCGAGUGUUAUUCGAUUCCCCUCUUCAUGCCGCUGAGUUGCAAGGGUGGGAAAGGAGGAAAGGCUUUGAAAAGAAGACUGUUGGGCCUACAAUUCGGCAAGUGUUGCAAGAUUUUUCGUGCUUGUCAGCCUGACCGGAAAAAACAUCUGCCACCACUGAUGGUCGCCAAGUGUUCCGAGGGGGCUCUGACUUCCUCCCGUUCCUGCUUACUCUCCAGGCCUUUCCUCCCUGUGGCAGCUGGAGUUAUGGGUGCCCAACUGUAACGACAUCCGUUUCCUGCAGCCUGGCUCAGGCACACCUCUCCUCCCUCAAGGACGAGCAGCUCUGUGUACACUCUCAGCCGCUCUGGUGCCCAGCUGGUCCCCACGUAGGAACAGGAAUCGGCUUGGGGGAACCUCUGCCGGGCUCACCGCAUCAUUCUGUGGGCACAGAUGGCCUUUGCUGUUCUGGAUGCAGAACUGCGCCACUGCUAUUCGUACUCUCGCCGCCUCCACGUGCUUCAAAAGUCCCCAGGAACUUGCUGGAGUGCAGAGUCAGCCACGGGAAGUAAAAUCUCCAGGGCUCUGCCAGGUUCCCCUUUGUCUGCAGCUUCACCAAAAUAUCAGGCUUCUGCCUUCAGAAGUUUAGCAAUUUCAUCUCGCACUUUCCCUCGUGUUUCUCUCUCGGAGCUAGCCAGCCUGCCUGCGGCGACAUGGUGCGGCACCUCUGGGCACCUCUGGCCAGGGCAUGCCAGAUGAGGGGUGCCGGGCAUUGCUCUUGGGAAGAGCACGCUACCCAUAUGCAACGCGGCCUGUGCCCCGGAAACAGUGGCUGCUGCCUCCAUUGGAGCAUGUGACGGCCCCGACCGCAGCCCUUCUGGAAUUCUGUAUCUUCAUUAAGAACGGGAAAAGGAAGCCAUGACAACCGCAAGAGUGUUUUUUACACAGAGGAAUGGGAAAUGCUAGAUCCCACCCCGAAGGACUUGGAGGAGUCGUUGGCUCAAGAGGAAAAGAGGAAGCUUUCAACAGAACCCAGCAAAGGCAUGGCUGGCUCAGCCUUUCCAUUUGACUUUGCCCGCAUUCCACACAAAGUGAAGCGCCCCUUGAAGGAGAUGAUGGCAACCGGCAAAAACCGGAAUAGCGUGGAGUCUUCUCCUGUCGAAUGGAAUGGAAACAAGCUGGCUUCAGAGAUGCAGCUGAAGUUCCAGAGCCAGCAAGACGAAUUGGAGAAGCUCAAGAAGGAGCUGUCGAGUCAAAAGGAACUUGUGCGGCUUCUGCAGCAGACCGUCCGGUCUUCUCAGUAUGACAAGUACUUGGCUGGGCACCUCUGUGACGGGGGCCCCAAGGACAGACUGGAGCUGCUUCACCAGAAGGACCAUCAGAUCUUGGGUCUCAACAACCAGCUGGAGAGACUCACUGUGGAAAAAGAGAGCCUGCACCAGGAGGUCAAGAACCUGAAGAGCAAGGUGGGCGAGCUCAGCGAGCGGUUGAGCAUGCUCAUGGAGACCAUUCAGGCCAAAGACGAGGUCAUCAUGAAGCUCUCCCGGGAGCUCAGCGAAUGCGAGGACCAGUCGUCCGGCCAGAGUGCAUCGGCCAGUUCUUCCAUGUCGUCGUCCAUGAACAAAGAACUGCAGGAGCUAGACAGACUGAAAGACAGUCUUCAGGGUUACAAAAGCCAGAACAAAUUCUUAAAUAAGGAGAUCCUGGAACUUUCUGCACUACGAAGAAAUGCCGAAAACCGAGAGAGAGAUUUGAUGGCAAAGUAUACAAACCUAGAAGCCAAACUCUGUCAAGUAGAAAGCAAGUACCUAAUUUUACUUCAAGAAAUGAAGGCCCCAGUUUACUCGGAAGAGCAGAGUCCUCGUCAUGAUGUUGUGACCCAGCUCCUGGAAGAUGCUUUAAAAGUGGACAGCAGCGAACACCCAGAGCAAACGUACUUCAAACCUCACAUGGUCAGCGAAUAUGAUAUUUAUGGAUUUCAGACCGUCCCAGAGGAUGAUGAGGAAGAGAAGCUGGUAGCAAAAGUGCGUGCCUUGGACCUGAAAUCUCUCUCCCUUACUGAACAUCAGGAGAUGUCCACAGGGGUGAAAUGGGAGAAUUACCUGGCCAGCACUAUGAACAGGGAGAUGGUGCGCUCCGUGGAACUCAAGAACCUCAUUCGGAGCGGGAUUCCGCAUGAACAUCGUUCCCAGAUCUGGAAGUGGUGCGUGGGCCUCCAUGUGAAAAAGUUCAAGGCCAGUGCAGACCCGGGCUACUUCCAAGGCCUGCUCCAGAACGCCCUGAAGAAGCAGAACCCGGCCUCGAAGCAGAUUGAGCUGGAUCUCUUGCGGACUUUGCCCAACAACAAGCAUUACUCUUCGCCAGCCUCUGAAGGGAUACAGAAGCUGCGGAACGUCUUGCUUGCCUUCUCUUGGCGGAACCCGGACAUAGGCUACUGCCAGGGCCUCAACAGGUUGGUGGCCAUUGCCCUCCUCUACCUGGAGCAGGAGGAUGCUUUUUGGUGCCUGGUGACCAUUGUCGAAGCCUUCAUGCCUCGGGACUAUUACACUAAAACCCUGCUAGGGUCCCAGGUUGACCAGCGCGUCUUCAAGGAUCUGAUGGCCGAGAAGCUCCCGCGGCUGCACGCGCACUUCGAGCAGCACCGGGUGGACUAUUCGCUCAUCACCUUCAACUGGUUUCUUGUCCUGUUCGUAGACAGUGUGGUCAGCGACAUCCUCUUCAGGAUAUGGGACGCCUUCUUGUACGAGGGGCCGAAGGUCAUUUUCCGGUUUGCUUUGGCACUCUUUAAAUACAAAGAGGAGGAGAUCUUAAAGCUACAAGACUCAAUGUCCAUAUUCAAGUACCUCAGGUACUUCACUCGCACCAUCCUUGAUGCUAGGAAGCUCAUCAGUAUUGCUUUUGGGGAUCUCAAUCCCUUCCCCCUGCGCCAGAUCAGGAACCGGAGGGCUUACCACCUGGAGAAAGUCCGCCUGGAGCUCAUGGAGCUGGAAGCCAUGCGGGAGGACUUCUUGCGUGAACGGGAGACCAACCCAGAUAAAAGGGACCUCAUUAGUGAUGAUGAGGAAGAUGGUUGAGGAAGCCCCUGGGGAGGCGAGACUCUUUGGGAUCGUGACCAAAGUUCUGCGGAGUUGCCGAAUCCCAGCAGGCCUUCUUCCGUAACGAUCCAGCAAAAUGGAAUGUUGAGUCAUGGCAGCUGGAAGUCUGCGGGGUAGAUUUCCAAAUGAGAGCACUUCGUUGGAGAAACCUUUAUUCCACAAAAUGCCGGAUUGUUCAAUUUCAUUUUCCUGCAUGCCACUGCGUACCGAGCGCUCGGCGGAGUUUGGGCUCCGGCUGUGCCGCUGCCCAUCUUUCUGCUUUUGAAGCCCCCGAUCGUUGCGGUGCCUUUUUAAGAAGCAAUAUAGCAGAGCCCUUACUCUUUCCAUUCUGUGCCUGGGUCGUGCUGGCGUUCCCCUUUCCCUGCCCUUCACCCUCAGCCAUGUCUUGAGAAUUCGUAAGUAUUCCAUUUGGGAGAGACAUUCCUCAUCGGCUUUGAUUAUAUUAAACAAAAUCGACCAUUUUCAUUGGUCGGUUGAGGAUGGGCCGCUCGGCCCUGUUUGUUUAAAACCAGCCGAAAUAUUGACAGCUAUCUGUACACAUACUUAGAAUCAGGAAAAUGUGAAGAGACUGCCUGGAGCCAGUGUCUUUGCCAAGGGACCAAGUGCUCUUAAGGUGUCGCUGCGUUCGUGCCAGCACCUCUGCUUAUAACAAGAAGGGUGCUGAAAUAUGCUCUCGCAUGGCACUCUGUGAGCACCAUGAGGAAUCUCUCAAUGCUGCCAGAUGCUACCCUGGCCAGGGCCCCUGACUUUCCAGAACUACGAGGCAAGAGGAAAUUCUGCAGCGCUCUGCCUCGGUGUUUCGUGGUGAAGAAAAUGCCGGUGUUUCCCUUGCACGGUGCCACCAAAGGUGUGGAGUCCCCACCAGAAUGCUCUGCCACAGGCCUGCACUAGCUUGAGCUGAUGCACCGUGACACCCAGGAGCAAGGGAGUCUUGCUCAUGCUCUGGUCAGGUGAAGGUGCAGUUGCCUGAGGGGCCCCCCUCCAGGUAAUCAUGAGGGAUACCUGGCUGUUUCCUGGGGAUUUUGCAUUGGAAGGCUGCUUUCUUUUCAUGCGGGGCACGUGGGCUGGUUCAUCAGGCUCGUUAGCCUGUGAAGGUGCUGUAGAUUAAUCUGAAAGUUCUCCCGAGAGGCUGAGGCUUCCUAGUCUUGAAAAGCCUGCCUUCCUUCACGUUCUCUGUGAAUCAAAACACUUUCAUCUGGAAAGCAGUCCUGAAAGUCCCACUAAAUGGGGAAGAUUUGCCUUCUUGAAUAUACAGCAGUUCAUUUUUUCUUCGGCCCCAUGUACUGUUUGCCGCUGCAAGUUUGGAAGGGCUCAGCUCCUGUCCUCCUGGUGCACCUUCACUGCCAGAGAAAUUCCAGAUAGAUUCUUCCUGUCGUGUUACUGUGAUUUGUGUGGGUGUGCAUGUUGCCUUAGGCAAAGAUUGUGAACCUGAGAAAAUGAAGGGAAGGGUGUGUUUUUGAUCAAUGUGAAUGUGCCUAGGAGUUGUACCUCCUCUCUCCCCUCCUCUAAGUCCCCUUUUUAGACACAGUAAUGCUCCAGAAUCCCUUUCUUGCCAUUUGCCGUUCCUUCUUGGCUCUUUUCUUCCCUACAAUGUUUAAUUUGAUCUAUAUCAGCCUUCCCUGAUCUGACACCCUCCAGAUGUGUUGGACAACAAUUCCCAUAAUCCCCAGCCAGUUCUGGGAAUUACCAAGUUGUACUCCAGCACAGCCGAAGGGCUGCAGGCUGGGGAAGGCCGUUCUCCGUGCCUUCCGUCUACUGCGGUGGUUUCCUUUGAAGCCACACUGCAAGGACGUUUACGACUCGGAAUGCAGUGGAGGAGUCUGCCCUUGCCAAACAUCGGCGGCUCUCAAAAAGGCCGCGUUUGCUUUGUUCGAGCCGUUCUCUGCUCGACGCUUUCCGAAACCUGCCUGCAAUUGACCCUUGCUCCGGACAUCGCAUUGAGAUUUUGGUCGCAUGCAAGUGAGCGCUUUGUGGAUGCUCUCCUUCAAGACGUAUCCGUGAUGCCUGCUCUAACGCCGGGAUCUGCAGGCCAGGUGAAAGAAGCGACCAGGGUAUCCCACGAACGGGGCCAAUGUUUGCACGGACCCAGCCGGCCCUUCUCCGUCUUCAGUCUCUCCCUCCUUCUCCCAGCCCCUAUUGAAAUGCUGGUCUGAUGACCCCAUGCUGACAGGGCGCUUAACGGCUUUGGAAGAGCUGGUCUCAGACCAAGCCUGGGCCAGGCAGCUCUCGCUGGUUAAAGGGGGCUCUCAGCUCCCUGAAAUCGCUGCAGCUGGAAGCACCGGCUUGGCGGGCGAAUCGCCACCGAGCAGCGGGAGAACGCCUGGGAGGCUCGCCCGGCUGGCCAGCAGCGAGGAAGGUGGCACGGCAUGCCGAGCACCCUACCCCCGCUCUCGGUUCCUCUGUGCACCCGGCAAACCGCCCUCGGUUCUGCAGCGCUGUCUCUGGGCACCUGAGGCGAAAUGGUUGAGGUUCGGCAAAGUCGCCGCCAGCUUUCCUCGCUGCGGCAAAGGCUUUAGUCGGCCUGCCUGCACUCUUGUGAAAGCGGUUCCCCCUCCGCACCUCGCACGCCUUGCACAGUGUGAUGAACUCGGCUGCUGAGAGCCAUUUGGCCACCUGGGAAGGGGCUCUUCCGGAAGACCGGCGCUCUGCAGGAGGAUGUCGGUGCACCCCCUGCAGCCGCAGAGCGAGCCACAUAAAUGAGGCAAGAAGGCUCGAAAGCUGGCGCGAGCCGCCCAACUCCCCUGCUGGUGCAGCCCGUGUCUUCGCUUUCUCAAGUCUCAUUUACUGCAAUGUGGUUUCCUUACACUUCUUUUUUUGUAAAGAAUUCCAAAAUAUGUUACAUAUUAUAUAUGCAAAGUAUCUUAUGCAUGGUUUCUAUUCCAGUAUUGUAUAAUUCAUGCCACUAAGCCAUUUGUGGGGGGUUCCAGGCGAUACGGACCAAUUCUUUGUUAUCGUCGAGGCAGAGAGGGGAGAGAUCCAGUGCGGCACACCUUGCUUUUGCUGAAAGCGCGCAUAUCCGUAUCCAUUUUAUCAUACAUGUAAUCAGGUGAUAGCAUGCAGAGGCCAAGGUCGCUGGGCACAAAGCAUCUGAAAUGAGGGGGGAACAGAUGGCUGUCAGAUCCUGGACUUCAACUCCCAUUAGCCCCAGCAAGCAGCGCCAGUGUUGAGGGCUGAUGGGAGUUGCAGCUGAUAUCUGGAUGGCUACCUGUUUCCCCCUCCUGAUCUGAAGCAUCUCUUGUGCAAGCCCCACUCACAAUUAAAAAAUGCACAUGUCUUCCUGUUCCCGUGGGGCUAACGCAAAAGGUGUUCCCAGGAGAGUCCUUUGUUGUACUUGGGACACAAAAUGGCCUUUCGCCCUUAGGUUUUUUUUAUUAUGUAUGCAAUUGUAGCUGUCUUUGCAGUAGGAUUUGGGAUUAGCCUGUUGCAACAGUUCAUGGGCAAACAGGGUGCUUUCGUCCAUUUGACAAGCCCAUGUUUCAGUCUCUUAUGAAGAAAUUAGAAUGUGCCUCCCUCUUGAUGUUUUUAAACUUCAAUUUUUGCACAGUUCUUCACUCAUCCCUUGGGAAGUGUUAACUGUUAGACAUGGUGAGGGAUGUCUGCACAGCGGAAGGGUUGCCACCUUGAAAUGAAGCCUGGUUUUCUGUCAGAAACUGCCACAAGUAAAUAAAUUAAUAAAAUAAUUUUCUACUGC